GAGGUAUAAGCAUAUAUAUAGGAAGGAGAAAAGAAAAAAAAAACAAUAGGACAGGAACGGUAGGCACGUUUGUGCGCUUAUGCACGCCCCUUAUGCUCCUCUUAGGAAUGGGGUGAGGUCAAUAGUAGAAAGUUUUUGGAUAAAACUUCUAGGAUUAUGGGAAGAGACCACAGAGUCAGGUAAAGUAUUCCAAGCACUGAUGAUUCUGUUACAGAAGUCAUAUUUUCUGCAAUCUAGAUUAAAGCGGUUGACAUUAAGUUUAAAUCUAUUAGUUGCUCUAGUAUUAUUGCAAUUAAAGCUGAAGUAGUCUUUGACGGGAAGGACAUUACAAUAGAUGAUUCUGUGAGUUAAGCUUUAGGUCUUGUCGAAGGCGACGGAGUUGCAAGUUUUCUAAGCCUAGGAUUUCAAGUCUGGUGGGAUAAUGUAUUUUGUUGUUUACAGAGGAAUGGAGAACUCUUCUUGUAAAAUAUUUCUGGACACGUUCAAUUGUAUUGAUGUCAGAGAUGUGGUGAGGGUUCCAAACAUCAAGGUUCCAACGUAAAAACCUAUAAAGAGUGACUUAUAAAGUUGUAAAAGGCAGGGCUAAAAAAAAACCUUUGUAAAGAAAUCCAUAAACCGUCCUGGCACCUUCCUAGCCAGGGCGAGUGUAAUAGCCGCACCCUUUUCCACGUGACUGGCAUCUGGCCCUCUGCAACCACCCACUGGGAAUUCCCCCCCCCCUCUGCGCUGGGCAGGGCAGGAGUGGACAAACCUGCCUGGAUUUUGUUGGCCGGAGCCACUUUGGAGCUGCCUCCCUCCCAGCCAGACCGAUGGAGUGUUUCAUCCGGCCGGCCACCAGCAAGGACUGUGAGGUGCUCAUGAGCUUCAUAAAGGAAAUUGCGGAAUAUCAUAAUUUAUUGCACGAGGUCUCGAUCAACGCGGAAGAUUUGAGAGCAGAUGGCUUUGGCCAAGAUCCCUUCUUCAAAUGUCUCAUGGCUGAACUGCCCCCCGAAAACUCCUCCAAGCCGGGGCGCCCGAUCGGCUACGCCUUGUACUACAAGGGCUACUGCGUCAACCACGGAAAAAUUGUAUAUUUGGAAAAUGUCUACGUGGUACCGGAAUUUCGGGAUAAAGGAAUCGGAAAGCAGUUGCUGGUGAAACUUGCCGAAGUGGCGCUGGCCGCCGGUUGCACGGGCAUGAAAUUUAGCACCAUGGAGAGCAACCAGCGAGCGAAGAGGUUGUACCUGCGGCUCGGAGCCCAAGACACCACCGAGUCCUUGGCCUGGCACUGCAUGGAGUUUAACAAAGAGGGCCUGCAGAGGCUCGUCCAGGGCGGGCGGGCAUCGUGAGUGCGCCCCAGGCCGACUCAGGAGGAGGAAGAGGAGGAGGAAGAACAGCGCUAAUGCCAAGAUCAGAAAAACAGGAUUUUAUCAGCCUUAGCAGCUUCUAAGAUCUCUGGAAUUCAAUUCCUAGAUUUCCACUGUUUGUGGACUCCAGGCAGCAGGCUUGGACUUCAACUCCCAGAAUUCCCCAGCCAGCAUUUGUAGACUUCGACUCCCAGAAAUCCCCAGCCAGUGUUCCUGGACUUCCACUCCCAGAAUUAUCCAGGCAGCAUUAGUGGAUUUCAGCUCCCAGAAAUCCCCAGGUAGCAUUUCUGGACUUCAACUCCCAUAAUUCCUUAGCUAGGAUUUGUAGACUUCGAUUCCCAGAAUUCAGAAUUCCCCAGCCAUUAUGUCUGGAUUUCAACUCCCAGAAAUCCCCAGCCAGCAUUCCUGGACUUCAACACCCAGAAUUCUCCAGCCAGCAUUUGUGGAUUUCAGCUCCCAGAAUUCCCCAGCCAGCAUUGACCCGACUUCAACUCCCAGAAUUCCUCAGCUAGCAAUGGUAGACUUCGUCUCCCAGAAUUCAGAAUUCUGCAGCCAUUAUGUCUGGAUUUCAACUCCCAGAAUUCCCCAGUUAGGAAUGACAAGCACAGCUCUUUCCCGCCCCAAAACCAACAUUUAAUAUUUUCUUUGCCUAUAUAAAAAACUAAUAAUUCCUCCUCUCCCAAAUUAACAUUUUUAAAACAAGAAGGGUUACUUCUAUUUUCUGCUUUUUAAUAAAAUCUCUGAAUCAGAAAAAGUGUUAGGAGACUCCUGAUAUUUUUUACAGCUUUUAUCUCUGAGCAUAAAAAUGUGCCCCCCCCCCCCUGUAUCAGAAUUAAGUCUUGCUCCUUCCUGCCAAGUUACUAGUCCACAAUGUUUUAUUUGCAUUGUGGUUAGGGAUGACGGGAGUUAUAAUCCAAAAUUAGUCAAAGGUGAUUUGAUUAAGGUUGGAGGCCAAUUUUUAGGGGGUCUCCCUGUAGAGUCCCCAGUGUUUUUCAACUUUAGUCACUUUUAAGACUUCU